UGGUCGGGUGUAGUACCCUGGGCGGCUUCCUCUGCAAUUGCGUGUCCGCGCAGCCGGCCCUGUCUCUGCGCCCCUUGGGUCGCUCGCUGUCGCCGGCGCCCCGAUUGUUACUGGGCCCUCGGGAGCCCAAGACGCGCAGGUGGUGCUGCCCUCCUUAACCAGCAAAGCCGAGCCCGUGGUAGCAUCCGGCAAGGAAAUGGUCGUGGUUUCCGUGCCCGCCGAAGUCACCGUAAUCCUGUUAGAUAUCGAAGGUACCACAACCCCGAUUGCUUUCGUGAAGGACAUCUUAUUUCCGUACAUCAGAGAAAAUGUGAAGGAGUAUCUGCAGACACACUGGGGGGAGGAGGAGUGUCAGCAGGACGUCAGCCUGCUCAGGAAACAGGCUGAGGAAGAUGCACAUCUGGAUGGGGCUGUUCCGAUACCUGCGGCAUCUGGCAGCAAUCUGCAGCAGAUGAUCCAGGCCGUGGUGGACAACGUGUACUGGCAGAUGUCCCAUGACCGCAAGACCACAGCGCUCAAACAGCUGCAAGGCCACAUGUGGAAGGCGGCUUUCAUGACUGGCCGCAUGAAGGCAGAGUAUGCGCUCACGAUAAGGCAGUUCAAAGCCCAGUGCAAGCUCGCAUCCCUCUCUCCCCUCUACAGAAGUGAGACUGCUGGAGAGAUGGCCCAGCAGUUAUGUACACCACAUACAUGCUGGUACCCACGGAGGUCCAAAGAGGGCAUUGGAUUUCUUAGGACUAGAGUUAAAGGCAGUUGUGAGAUUGUACUGACCAGUCCUUUCCGUUCCCUGGUUCAGCUCAUCGACGGUCACUUUGACACCAAGAUUGGACACAAAGUGGAGAGUGAGAGUUACCGGAAGAUUGCGGAUAGCAUCGGCUGCUCAACCAACAACAUCCUGUUUCUCACGGAUGUCACUGUAGAGGCCAGUGCUGCUGAGGAGGCGGAUGUGCACGUGGCUGUGGUGGUGCGGCCUGGCAAUGCGGGGCUGACCGACGACGAGAAGACAUACUACAACCUCAUCACGUCCUUCAGCGAGCUCUACCUGCCGUCCACCUAGAGCCAGGUCUGAAGAACAGUCGCCAUCCCCUAGUGUCUAGCUUUAUUCUAACUGUAAAAGUAACAUACUUAUGUGUGCACACAGACAUGUGCAAGGGUAUAUAGGUGGACCUGUGCUCAGAUUCGUUUCCGUGGGCACAUACUGUGAGAAAAGUUGUCGGUUCCAUGAGGACCAAAUUCAUGUAAAGACACUUUAUGUGUAGACUGUAAAUCUAAGUCUUACCAAGCCCGGAGUGUAUUUGAAACUGCAAAAUACAAAUCAAAUUUGUGAUGUUUAUCAAAUUGUUUACCAAGUGGAAAGCUAGUUCUGAGAAAUUAUUAUCCAGAGCCUGUGAUAUUUUAAAGUCUAGAUGUGCUUCAAAGACGAGGAUCCCACCGUCCCUGUCCCGAGAGGGCACGUCCCACCACUGCACCGGGACUCACGGCCCAGUGUCCACAAGACUGAGGCACUGUUCCGCUCAGAGAACAAAUCUGGGGCAGGUGGUCUGGUCAGUCAGGAUGGAACAGUGCUACAAGCUCCAGCCUGCCUCUGAGCAGUGCUCUGAACAGCUGAGGCCAUGGCGGGCUCCACUAACCCCUGGUGUUAGCGUGUUUUAUAGCUGCCUUUCUGUGUCUUACACAGUUUGAGAGUAUAUGUUAAUGACUAUUUUUUUUAAAAAAUGUUUUAUUGAAACCAGUGUAACACCACAAAGAGCUCUAAUGUGUAACACUUCCUCUGAAAUGGAUAUAAAGAUGUAAAUUUUAUAACAGCAUUGUUUAUCCUGAUGCAUUCUGACGUGUCAGUUUCGUGUAAUUAAU